AUGGAAGAGAAAGAAGCCAAGAAACCUUCCAAAGAGGAGAAAGAGAAAGAAGUCAAGAAACCAUCCAAAGAAGAGAAAGAGGUCAAGAAACCUUUGGAAAAAGAGAAAGAAGUCAAGAAACCUCUUAAAGAAGAGAAAGAGGUCAAGAAACCAUCCAAGGAAGAGAAAGAAGCCAAGAAACCCCCAAAAGAAGAUAAAGAAGUCAAGCAACCUCCUAAAGAAGAGAAAGAAGUAAAGAAACCUCCCAAAGAAGACAAAGAGGUCAAGAAACCAUCCACAGAAGAGAAGAAACCUCCAAAAGAAAAGAAAGAGGUCAAGAAACUAAUAAAGGAAGAAGCAGAAGUAAAGAAACCAUCCAAAGAGGAGAAAGAAGUGAAGAAACCUUCCAAGGAAGAGGCAGAAGUUAAGAAACCUUCUAAAGAUGAAAAAGAAGGGAAGAAACCUUCCAAAGAAGAGAAACCAUCUAAAGAAGAGAAAGAAGUCAAGAAACCUUCUAAAGAGGAAAAAGAUAAGAAACCAUCUAAAGAAGAGGGCGUGAAGGAACCAUCCAAAGAAAAGGCAGAAGUAAAGAAACCUUCAAAAGAGGAGAAAGAAAAGAAGACAGUGGAGCCUUCUAAGAAAGAGGUUGAACACAAGAAACCUUCUAAGGAUGAGAAAGAAGAGACUAAAAUAAAGUCUCCCACUGAGGAUAAAGAUGUAAAGAAGCCUGUAACGAAGGAAAAAGACCUGAAGAAGCCCCCUGUGGAGGAAAGACCUCCCAAAAAAGAGGAAAAACCAGCAAAAGAAGAGAAGGAACCAACAAAGCCUAAAGAGGCCAAAAAGCAUCUUAAAGAAGAGAAGGAAGAAAUACUGCCUCCAAAAGAAGAAAGAGAACAAAAGAAGCCUUUGAAAGAAGAGAAGGAACCACCUAAAGAGGCCAAAGAAGUUAAAAAGCCUCCCAAAGAAGAACCAGAAAAGAUCUCCAAAGAGAAGAAACAACUAGCCAAGCCUUCUAAAGAGGUAAAAGUCCUGAAGAAGGAACAUCUGAAUGUUACAAAAGCAGCUGAUGAACCCAAGAGGGCAGUAAAGGUGCUGAAAGCUGUGAAAAAGCACAUAGCUCCUGUCCUGAAAAAGAAACACCUUAAUGUUACAAAAGCAGAAGUUCCUAAGGAGAAAGCAAAACCAGAACCUGCAAAGAAAGUUGCAGCUCCCAAGGAGCCCAGGAAGGAACCAAUGCAAAUCAAACCUAAACCUGUUAAACCAGAAGUUCCAAAGGAAAAGGCCAAAGCUGCUCCUGCUAAGAAAGAACUAGAGGCCGCUCCCAAAAAUGCUUCUCUGGUAAAAGAGAGAGUGAAAAUAGUGCUUAUGAAAAAAGAAGUCAAGGUGCCAAAAGAGAAAGUCAAAGCAGUCUCUGCAAAGAAGACAGAAGUUCCAAAGGAAAAGGCCAAGGCUGCUCCUGCUAAGAAAGCAGCUGUUGCUCCUAAAGAAAAGGCCAAACCAGUCAUCUUGAAAAAAGAACUAGAGGCCGCUCCCAAAAAUGCUUCUCUGGUAAAAGAGAGAGUGAAAAUAGUGCCUAUGAAAAAAGAAGUCAAAGUGCCAAAAGAGAAGGUCAAAGCAGUCUCUGCAAAGAAGACAGCAGCUGAGGUUUCAAAACAGAAGCCCAAAGCCGUUCUUGCAAAGAGCGAACCUGCUCCACCCAAGACAAAACCAGCCCCAGUCGUCAAAGAGGCUGAAGUAUCACACAAAAAUGUCUCGCUAGCAAAGGAGAAGGUCAAGGUUGUGCCACUGAAGAAAGUGUCUGUAACUCCAAAAGAGAAAGCCAAACCAGCAACAACAAAAAAAGAAGCUGAGGUUCUCAAGGAGAAGAAGGCUGAGCCAGUGACACCCACAAAAGCACCUGCUAUUAAAGCGAAACCUAAAUCUGCUGAAAAGAAGAAAGAACCUGAGGCCAAGCUGGUUCUUGCCAAAAAAGCCCCCGAGGUUAAAAAGGAAAAGCCAGCUCAUGAAAAGAAAGCUCCUUCUAAAACAGAGGCUGAGACAAAGAAGGAAAAGGUCAAAACACUCCCAAAGAAGAAAGAGCCCAAAGUACCAGAAGAAAAAGUCCAACCAGCUGUUACAAAAGCUUUGUUGAGAGAAAAGUCCAAACCAGUCCAUGUGAAGAAAGAACCAGAGACUCCUAAAGAAAAGGACAAACCUGCUGCAGUGAAGAAAGCCAUGAUAAAGAAAAUGACCAAACCAGUCCGUGUGAAGAAAGAGCCUGAGGUUUUAAAAGAAAAAGUCAAACCCAGUGCAACAAAGAAAGAGGACAGAGUUGUUAAAGAAAAACCAGAGCCUGUAAAGAAAGAAAAAACUGUUGAGAAGAAGGCAGGCAAAGAAGAUAAAGCUAAAGAGGACAGAGUUCUUAAAGAGAUACAGCAGCCUGCAAAGAAAGAAAAAUCUGCAGAGAAGAAAGUUGCCAAGGAGGAGAAAGUAAAAGUAGAGCCUUCUGUAUCGGACAGCUUUAUUAUGGAAGAUGAGCUGCCCUACUUCCAGUGUUUCUUUGUGGACGAGGACGAGGCCCAGUUUCCGUUCUACGCCUUCUCGCCGCUGCAGAUUUGAAGCUUCAGUCUGAAUCCAGUCUGAGGUUUACAAUUUAGUCAAUUUACUGAUAACGACAAGGUCACGUCACGGCCUGCCCUGCGCUGCUGAAACGCAGCCUGCUGUUCACUGAUGGGUCUUCAGGAGAAAACCCUGGACAGCAAAGGAUGAUGGGUGAUUUUAUGUGAUGGACCGAUUUUAUUUUUAUUCCCAGAUUUGGUUGAGCUCUCGUACCAAAUACAUGCAGCCAGUGUCAUUCCUUUUCCAUUUUAUUUAUUUCUUUUUGUGUGUGUGUGUGUUUAAUUCUUUUUAAAAGGUGGAUAUCAUGAGACUAUUUAAAUGGAACAAUGUAGUAUUGUGGAGCAUUCAUUUAGAUCCUCCCAGCAACACGUGCAAAUGAUGGUGCAUUUUUCGUGUAGAAUAUGUUCAACUGUAAACAGGGUACAUAAAUGGCCACAAUUGCUAAAUCAAGGUGGACGGGUGUUCAAUUCCUCUCAGCCCACAUUUACUUGAAAAGUGGUUUGUACAGUAAUUGUACAUACAUUUUUAUGCUCAGUCAUCUUUGUAAUUUUAGCUUUAUUGCAUUGUAGAUGGCGAAGUUUUUAAAGUUAUCCUGCUUUUAGAGCCCUUGAAUCAACAAUUUUAGUGUAUAGGUUCAUUUCAAGGAAACAUUUCUAACACAUAUUCCUCUAUUUUCUUCCCUAAUGGGUACAAACAAUGAAUCAAAGCAUUAAUGAAAGGAAAGGGAUUUUUUUUUCUUGUCUGUUUCUAUUUGUUAAGUGUAAAAAGGAAUGACCAUGCAGUAUAUGAGAGCUCCCAAACAUAGAGAGGAAACACGACCUUUAAAGUCUUAUUAAAAUGUGCAUGUGCACCAGCUCCUCAUUUUGACAAUAGUGCUAAAAACAUAUACCAUCAAAGUAUCAGAUUCAUUCUAUAAUUGGACGACGUGUUGUCCAGCGACUUGCUCGUUUGAAUUUGAAGCCACUUGUUUUAGUCAGUGAGAGGGCGAGUCUUUCCUUGCACUGUUAUCGAAGAUGUUUUACAGGCUGGAACAUUAAAAGUACAGCAAGGGCACAUGUGAUGAAUUUUUUUAGUCAAAAGGGAUGGCCGCUGUAAAAAAGAACAGCAGUUCCUUGAUAGACCAAAAACGCACUGUCACUAACUUCAGUGGCUGUUUGUCUGUGUGCACGACGUGGAAACACGAUAUAUUUUUAGCAACCUUUUGAACAGGUUCUUAUAAACCAGAAAGGGGCGGAAAACACUAGUAAAUUUAUGUUUUUAACAUAUAUUACAUGAUAUUAAUGCAUAUCUCAUAUUAUAAUACUGUGCGAAUACAGAAGGUAACAGGAUUCAUAUGACAGUUUAUGAACAUCCUGUGCGUGUUAUGUACAGUUUGGAUGAUUUCAGAUUGAUUUCGAAUACUGUAAAUGCUCAAAGAUGAAACAUGUAUUUAAAAUCUCUGAAGAAUGAGAGAUGAUGACGAGAGAGCUGCAAGAAUCGGCUCUUCUACAGGUUAAUUUGUCAACCUGGAUGUUUUUAUUGGUGGGUGUAAAUGAAACCUUUACAUCCGCACAGCGUGUGAUUACACACAGUUUGUUGCAGAGGGCGUCACAUGUUCGGAUGAUCUCACAUGUAAACUGGUGCAUUGUUAUUCAGCUUGUGCCAGCUGUUGUUUACAUAUGGCUCUUAAACAUUUUGCUCCAUAUGCAGCAUAGAAGUUAUAGAGCUUAGUACAGCUUGUGACACUAAUCCUAAAGUAAAGCCCACUUAUCUUUUUUAUUGCAAUAAUAAAAACACAGCCUAUGACCAUACAAUCCUCUAACUGUGACAGCUGGAGUUUUAUGUUCAUGCUCCACUGAGGAAGUUGUAGGCGUUUUGUUGUUGAAUAUUUCUAUUUUCGAGUUAUUGGAUUUCAGUUUUAAGAAAAUUGACGCUAACAUAACAAAAGAUAUUUUAACUAAUAGUGACAAAAGAUAAAUAUUUAUUGAAAUGAACUGAAUUAUAUCUAAAGAUUCACUUUAACCAGGUAAACGUGCAAUACAUACAUGUUUUAAUAUCUCAGUGAUCAAAGCGUUGAAUGUUUGUCUGAUAGUGAAUGAAAUGUGCAUGAUGUGUGUUUGUGUGUGUUUUAUGCUCUCAAAUGUAUUUAUGAUUUUUUCCCCCCCAACUUUGAGAAUAGCAACACUAAAUACUUGAACUUAUUUAACAACAGUAACUGACAUUUGUCUCUCAGCUGUGUUGCUAACAUCAUGUACGUACCUAACUAUUCAUAUUCAAAAUAAUCUCAUUGUAAAUAGAUGAACAGACAGUUUCAACCAUUUACCGCUCUGUAACUGCAGUUCAAAUCACAUUAUGUAUCAUUUGUCAAGUACACCUUCCUUAUGCUUGUGAAUAGUAGCAAUUUGACAUUAAAACAUGGCAACGCAA